UGGGUAACUCCCGCUAUGGUCUACCUGAUAAAUUGUAAGUCAUGCAAUUUGUGUUUAAACCAUGCAUUUAUUCCCCUACUUCAGGCAAACAGACCUUUGUCAUCAAGUGGCCGAAGAUCAGCAGGAGGUACAGGGGUCAAUAUGGGGUCACGACCCCAGUCCAAGGCAGCCCCAAGGGACCUCAUGAGCCGAGAAGAAGAAUACAUGCGUCUUAACGCAGAGCUAGAAGCCAAAACUGCUGGACUCAUCCAAGAAGCAGAGGAUGUGAUGCGUGAACAGGAGGAAAUGUUGAGCAGAUCUUUGAACCGUCUUUCCUUCGGCGAUGCAGGAGACCAGCGUGGGAUGGCAACGUCUCCAAUCUUUGACACAGAACCACCUCUUGUCUCAGAUGAUAUCUCCAAGCCAUCUUCCAUUCCCUCAACGAAUCUCGCAUCAGACAGGAGACCGCCCUCUAGGGGCAGACCCCCAUCAGCCAAUGUCCGUCCGGCACCCGCUAGCGCCAGACCACUGUCAGCUGGUACCAGACAACCGUCAGCUGGUACCAGACAACAGACGUCAACAGCACGGGCUGUGACGGCAGGCGGUCGGCCGGCAUCAAAAGCAAAAACAAGGCCAAGGGCCAAAGCAGCUUCAGCCAGCGCCUAUGACGAUGUCGCCAUACCUGAUGACGGGGUGGGACACGAGGGGGCGGGGUCGUCCAUGGGCGUGGCCAACGACUUCUCGUUGGCUGACACCAUUCAUGCUAUAGAGGGCAGGCUUGAUGAUGGGACGUUACCCUCCGAUACCCUGGAUGAUGUUCUGCCUCAGGCUGCAGAGGGAAUGGGCUCAGAGGCCACCAUUCGGUUCCUGAAGGCCAAACUGAGAGUCAUGCAAGAAGAAGUAGACCGACUAUCUCAUGAGUACAACAAAAAGGAUGAGCAGAACUCAAAGCUUGACAGUCGUCUGAAGGAAGCAGAGGAAGAACGAGCCCGCCUCCAACGCACCAACACCACCCAGCAGACACAGAUCGAUAAGUACAAGAAGCUAUCGGAAGACACUAAGAGAAAGAGUGACGGGUUGGAAGGACAGCUAGCUAGCCUCAGGAAAGAAGUGGAUUCCCUCAAGCGUAACCAGAAGCAGUCAGCUACCAGUCAAGGAGCAGUCGAAGUCCGGCUGAACCGAGCCCAGGAGGAAGCUGAUAGGUACAAGGCUGAACUGCAGAAAGCAAGGACCACAUCAAGGGAGUCUACAGAGCAAGAGAGGAAGCGAGUUGAGCAGCUACUCGCUGAGAACAGACGUCUUGAGAAGCAGAAGAAUGAACUCAUGAGCGGCUUUAAGAAACAGCUCAAACUCAUCGAUGUGCUCAAGAGACAGAAGAUGCACAUCGAAGCAGCUAAGAUGCUGUCGUUCACUGAGGAGGAGUUUGUCAAGGCCUUGGAGUGGGGUAACUGAGAUAACACAGGGAAACUUCCUACUGAAACUAAGAAUUAUUGAAUCGCUUGGUAUUUCCACAAUCCAUGCUUCCAACUUCCACAAUAAAAAAUUAUGGAAACUUCAUGGAAGAGUUAGUCAGGGCCUAGGAGUGGGGAAACUGAGAUAACUGGAUGUCAGUGUUAGUAGAACUAACUAAAAAUCAUGGAAUUGCUUUCACUGUUUACCCCAGACCAUGCUUCCAAAUAAAUCGAAAUGACCCAAGUUUCGUAGGUGAAAAUGUUUGUUGACUGUGGCUUCCCAUCCAUUCGGUGUCGUAGUUGACCCCAUCACAAGUCCAUCGGAAGCCCAUUACAAGCCCAAUCACAAACAAAUCACAAGUCUAGUCACAAGUAACAGAUAAUAAUAAUAAUAAUAAUAGUGGAUAUUUAUAAAGCGCAUGUAUCCACCAGGUACUGGCGCUCACAGCGUUACAUCAGUAUUACCCCUGCUCAUUGGGCCCAUGAAACGUUCCAAAUACCAUCUCGGCUACCUGGGGAGUAUACAGCUUGAUGCUGUCUGUUAGGCGCAAGGUAGCUCAUUCAAUCACAAUAACCAUCUUUGCCACAGUUAAAAAAGUGCGCUCGUGAAAAAAAGGGCACUUGUGAAAAAAGGCACUGUUUACAAAAUAUUGGGGGGGGGGGGGAAUACUUCCCUUACCCCCACUGGCUACGCCACUACUUAUGAAACUGAACUGUAUUCCCAGCCUUUCAUACAAAUAACACCUUGUCAAGCAACAUUUUAGAUGUUAAUUAUGGAGCAUAGUAAUGUAACAGUGCCACGUUUUCAGUUGGAAAUUGUGCUUUUAAAUUAAUUAAAAAUGCACAAUUGUACUUUUUGGUACAAAUGUACAUUUAAUUUUUAAAAAUUCCCAAAGCUUGAUUAUCCACAAUUAUCCAUGUGGAAAUAUUUACUUAGAAACCGACAUCUAUAGCCGUUAAUAGUCUGGUUCCCUGACCGGACAAUUCCACCCUGACGUCUAUAAAUUGUAGGUCAGGCAGCUGCCACUGGGCUAAAAAUAAACACGACAACCCUUUUUCAAAGCUCGGCUUCAUUUCCACUUUGGCUUUAUUAUUAAAAUCUUUUAAUGUUCCGAUCAAAUUACCAAAAAAAUCACUUGCUUCAUAACAUACAGUUGGAUAUUUAUGUAAGAAAACAUUAAGUAAUGUUGAGCUGGAAUCUUCAAGUUAGGACCCAAAUAGCAGGCAAAUCCAAAAUGGAGAGGACGCCGAGUUUCGCCAGAUUCAAAAUAAGCAGAGCUCGCCCUCGUAUGAUCUGAGUGCAUACUUGAUGCACAAAGUCAUUGUUAAAUUUCAAGUAUUUUCAAUGCAAUUAUUAAAUGAAUAUUUAUUAUCAACUCCUUUCUUAAAUUUUUAAUAAGCAUGGCAGGUAAAUAAAACCUAUUUUAUACCCAGAAAUUCCCGGGCGAUAUUCAAAAUUGUCGACGAAAAAAGGGAGGCAUUCCUCCCGUUUUAGUCACGUGCUGUGGCGGCUGCCUGACCUUGGAUUCAUCAGAGGUAGUCAGAUUCUUUUGGUUUGAGAAAUCUGUUUUCGUUCCUCCAUGACUAUAGCUACAAACUUUGUUUUCUUUUCCAAAUGAGCACUAGGGUUAUGAUUAGGUUAGGACAAAAUGUUGUUGCAUUGAGUCUUGGUCAUGAGAGUGAUUCGUCACAGUUAUUGUUUUUCUGUUGUACAAAGCUUGACUUUGUGUUUGAAUAAAUGAAUUUUUUUGUUUUAUAUAAUCUGUAAAGAGAAUCCCUUGUUAGCAAUUGAAUAAAUGAAAACAAUGCCUUGAAAAAAAAAAGUUGAAA